AUGGUUUUCAUUUUGGGCGUUAACUUCCCCGAGCGAAACCUCGUCAAGAAAUCGCUUGAGUCCUUCUUCGGCAUCGGUAACUUGACAUCGACCCGUCUGCUUGCCCGCUUCCAUAUCCACCCAACAUGCAAGGUUGGCGACUUGGCGAACAAGCAGGUCCUGGAUAUCACGGCCGCCUUGUCCGAUAUGAAGAUUGAGAACGACCUCCGCAGACAGUACCUCGAUAACAUCAAGCGUCUGAAGGAGACGGGAACCUACCGUGGUCGGCGUCAUGCGCUCGGUUUGCCCGUUCGGGGACAGCGGACGAGGAGCCAGGUUGGUUUACACCCAUAUUUAAAUAUCUCCAACUAUGAUACCAGGGGGUGUUGGAGCACUUCGCUGGUGGAUGUGGUCGUGGGGUACUACACAAAGCAAGAAUUUUACUAA